AUGCCGGAUGGGGAGCGGAUGUUUAGUGCGCAGCGGCGGCUGGAGGAGGAGGAGGAGGGUGGCACCGGCGCAGCUGGGGCGAUCACGAUGGAUUGGGGAAGGGAGGUGCCACAGGAGCAUUUGAGCUCCCUGAGGAAAGGACGCGAAGAAGCCAAGGCUGAGAGGGAGAGGCAGAGUGAAGACCUGCUGAAGCAGACAGAAGUGGAGAGGCAGAAGAUUGUGGCUGAGUGCAAGGAGCUCCGGGGCUUCUUGGAGGAGAAGGAGCAGCUCCUGCUGUCCCGUCUGGAGGAGCUAGACAGAGACAUCGUCAGGAGGAGAGAUGAGAGCGUCUCCCGGCUCUCCGAGGAGAUUGCCCAGCUCGAUAAGCUGCUGAGCGAGCAGGGAGGAGAGAAUGGCCCAGGAAACCAGUCUGGGCAGGGUGUUGCCCCGGCUGGAAGCAGCUUUGAGAGUUGGAUGUUUUGCAAGCCGGAGGCUGGCUUCACGGAGCUGGAGAAGAAACUCAAGAGCUUUUCUCAGAAGAGUGCAGUGCUGAAAGAGGUCUUGCUGGAGUUCAAGGAGAACCUCCGGUUCGAGCUGGAGAAUGACACAGGAAACUCUGGUGUUAAGAGGACUCUCCAGAAGCUGAUCCGCUCUACCGGGAGCGAGGAGACCUUUGGCCCCGCUGGUGAUCUCUCCCUGGACCCGGACACUGCCAACCCCUACCUGGUGCUGUCGGAGGACAAGAGGAGCGUGCGGCUCAGGAGUGCUCCCCAGGAGCUGCCGGCAAACCCCAAGAGAUUCGAUUACUCCUUCUGCGUGCUGGCGGCAGAGGGUUUCAUAGCUGGGAGGCAUUACUGGGAGGUGGAGGUGGGAGAUGGAGAGAGCUGGGUCCUGGGGGCAGCCCGCGAGUCGGUGCGGAGGAAGGAGAAAAUCGACUUUGCUCCAGAGGAGGGGAUCUGGGCGGUGGGGUUGAACUGGAAGGGGAAGAAUUGGGAUCAGUAUCAGGCUUUCACCUCCCCGGAGACGCCCCUGUCCCUGUGCGAGAGGCCCAGGAAGAUCGGGGUGUACCUGGACUACGAAGGUGGGUGGGUGGCGUUUUACAACGCCGAUAACAUGGCUCCCAUCUUCACCUUCACGGCCGCUUUCACCGAAAAGAUCUUUCCUUUCUUCUGGCUCUUCUAUGUGGGCUCCUCACUCUCCCUUUGCAAUUGA